AUGGCGGGAACACAAAUGAUCACAGUUACACUUCAACGUGAUAGUUUACAAACUCCAUGGGGUUUUCGAUUACAAGGAGGUGCAGAUUUUUGUAUACCCUUUACUAUUAAUAAAAUCACCGCUGGUAGUCCUGCUGAUGGUAUGCUUCAUCGUGGUGAUCAUAUCCUUGAAAUCGAUCAAAAACCCAUUAGUUCAAUAUCUCAUACGGAAGCACUUGAACUUGUACAACGUGCUGGUGGUCAAGUAACAUUUCUUAUAGAAAGAGGACCAAGCCCUCUUGGAUCAUUUAUGCAUAAUCAACGCCCAUUUUCAGCUAUGCCUUGGUCUUUAGCAAAUGCUACUUCAUAUCUGGACAAGAAUUUUCAUCAAGCUUGGCCUACAUUAGUCGGUCCUCAAAGUCCUGCGGCAUUUUUUCGAAGUCGAGGAUUGGAACGAAUACCUGAUCCUAAGCCACUACUUAGUCAAACAGGUAGUCCUCUCCUGCCUGGUCCUGUUCCUUCGGUAUCAACUAAAACUCGUGGUUAUACUAGACCACCUGUUUUUCAUACGGAACCAACUAACUUAACCAAUACAUCACCAUUUCCGGUUUCAUCUUCUCCUGUUCGUUUUACUUAUCCAAGUUCAACAAAUAAUAAUCGCAAUCAGACAGUAUCAACAACAACAUAUCGACCAGCUUGGAAAGGUUCGUUAAAUGAGGAAUCUCAUCUUUAUGUACCUUCUUAUCAAAAGAAGGUUCCAGUACAAACAAUAAUUCAAAAACAAAAUCCAAAUAAUCUAAUAUCUCAACGUACUUAUCAACAAUAUACAACAAUAACAAGACAACAACAACAGCAACAACAACAACAACAACAACAACGACAACAACGACAACAACAACAACAACAACAACGACAACAACAACAACAACAUUAUCGACCAGCAUCAGUACAACCAAUAAAUCUUGUAAAUCGUCAAUAUAAUUCACCAAUAUCACUUUAUUCAAAUGGCAAUGUUCAAGACAUUAUGAAAGAUCAUGUUAGUCAUAUAACUCGUGUCAGUAUCGUCCCAGCAAUACCUAAGCAAUCACACGGUAAUUAUGUAAUUGGAGUAUCACCAUCAUAUAAUACAUAUACAACAGCGAAUACACCUAUUUGUUAUGUAAAACCAAAACAAAAUCUCUAUGGAUCAGACUUUUAA